AUGCUGAAAAUUUCAAUUUUUCUCAUUUUUUGUUUGGGAGUUUCCGCCCAAUUCCGUCCAAACUGUCAGCAACCACUUCAUUUUGGAGUCCAACAAUGCUCAAAUUCUUCGUCGAUCAGAUACCACUUUGAUUUGGAAACAAAGAAAUGCCUUGCCUUCAAAUAUUCUGGUUGUGGCGGAAAUACCAACAAUUUUGCCAGUCGUCAGGACUGUCAAUUCCUCUGUGUUCCCCAGGAUUAUUUCUCGUGCCCUGGAGGAAGUGACCCGAUUCUGAAUAAAAAUGGAAAAACAAGUUGUGGAGGAAGAGAGAAUCUCGAAUGCGAUGGACCAAACGCCUACUGCAAAAGAGGGCAUUUCGUUGGAAAGUGUUGUGAUUCUAGAAUUAGAGACAAGGUCGAUGCAGACUACGCUAAAGAGUGUGGACCUGGAAAGCAAAAACAUCACACUGACAAUGGAGGAAUCGAACUUCCACUGUUCGGAAAGACUUGUGAUUCGGCAUUCUGUCCAGCUAAUACAAAAUGUCAUCAAGGAAAUUAUUUUGCUUAUUGCUGUGCCUAA